AUGAAAUAUUCAGUUGACCAGCUUAAGUUAUUUAAUAUUUAUUUAUUAGAAAAUCAAGAAUUAAUAUUAAAUCAACCAAUAAAUGGAGAUUUAUGGAAAAUUUAUGAAUUAUUUAAAAAAAAUAUUAUAGAUAAUAAUAUUUUACAAUUUGAAUCAUUAAAUGAUUUUUUAAAUUAUUUUCAACAAUUUAAUGAAUUAACUGGUGGAUCUUUACAUAUUUCCAAAUCGAAAUUUUGUUCAGCUGAAUUAACAAGAUCAAGAAUAGUUUGGAUCAAUAAUAUUGCAUUAAACAUAUUACGUGAUCUAAAUAAUGAAACACCAGAACCUUCAUCACCACCAAUAAUCAAAGAUGCAAGUUCAUUAUUUGAUUUUAUUUCACCACCAACUACAAGAAACUUAAAUCAAAUUAGAAAUUUAACAAUAAAUGAUAUACAAGAAUUUAUAAAAAAACCAACAACAAAAUUAAUUCUUGAUAAAAAAAGAUCAAAAUUAAAUACUCCCAUAUCAAAUUUCCCAUUAAUUUGUAACAGUCAACAACAUUCAUUAAUUUUAUCAAAGUUUGGAUUAAAUAGAAAAGAAUUUUUAACAAAACAAUCAUUAAAUGAUAAUAUAAUUCAUCAAAGAAUAACCCAGUCUAAAAUUCAAAUUAAUCAAGAUAUUUUAAAUUGUUAUAAUGAAAAAAUUCAUUUCUUACCUAUUAUUUAUAAUCAUACUGAUUCAAAAUUAGGUGAUUGUUCAUAUUUAGAUACUUGCCACAAGAUGAAAACUUGUCGUUACUUACAUUACUAUACAUUAAACCCACCAUUAAAAUCAGAAUCACCAACUCAACAACAACAACAACAACAACAACAACAACAACAAAUAGAUUAUACAUUAAAUGAAUGUUUUUCCCAAAAUUUUAGAACAAUCACACCACCACAAUGGAUAAAUUGUGAUAUAACAUCAUUAAAUUUUGAAAAAUUAGGUAAAUUUUCAGCUAUUAUAUCAGAUCCUGCAUGGCUGAUUCAUCAAAAUUUACCUUAUGGAACAUUUGGUGAUUUAGAAUCAAUAAAUUUACCAAUGAAUUUAUUACAAGAUGAAGGUAUAUUAUUUUUAUGGGUAACUGCAAGAUCUUUAGAUAUUGGUAGAGAAGCUUUAAAAAAAUGGGGUUAUAUUGUUAGUAAUGAAGUUAUAUGGGUUAAAUUAAAUCAAUUAAAAAGAACUAUAGUAACUGGUAGAACAGGUCAUUGGCUUAAUCAUUCAAAAGAACAUUUAUUAGUUGGAUUAAAGGGGAAUCCUUCAUGGUUAAAUUUAUCAAUUGAUUUAGAUGUUAUUGUAAGUAAUACAAGAGAAACUUCAAGAAAACCUGAUGAAUUAUAUGAUAUUAUUGAUAGAAUGUGUGGUUUAUAUUCUAGAAAAUUGGAAUUAUUUGGUAGACAACAUAAUGUUAGACCUGGUUGGUUAACUGUUGGUAAUCAAUUGAAUAGUCAAUGA